UUCACGUGCGUACCGGGGCUGAGAGAGAUAGCAGGACAGGGAAGCGACCAGUGCUCACGGAGCUCCCGCGUGUUGACAUCCCACAUCAGGAAUGCACCAGGAUCACCUCGCACUGAACGAGAAGUCUGGACGCCGCUAGACCAGCGAAAUCAGACCCCCUGUCAGGCCUGUCUUUCUCCCAGCCCAGAUGCAGCGCUGCCCGGCCGCUAUCCUGCUCCUCCUCUCCCUGACCUCCAGGGUCUCCAGCCAAGGCCGUCUGAAACUCACGGUCCUGUCUGAAGAUCGUCUUCAGAUGAAGUGGAAGGAGGCAGAGGGUCCAGUCCAGGGCUACAAGGUCCGAGUCCGGCCCAUCUCAGAGGUGCCCCAGCCUGAGCUGAUGCUCACCACCACUAGGGGGCGUGCCACGGUGGCAGGGCUGGACUCCAGCCAGGAGUACGCCCUCCAGGUCCUAGUGCUCAACGGAACCACGGAGAGACUGCUGGCCAAGAGACGCUUCACCAUUGAGGGUCUACGUGAGGAAGAGCUGAUUCGCUCAGGCAGCCGUGAGCAGAAGAAGAAGCUGUUACCGAUUGGCUCAGGGUCAGGUGACCUUGAUGAUGUCACAGAGGCCUUGUACGCCGUGCCUACAGUCCUGUACCACAACCCCACCACUCCUACGGAGCCACCCCCUCCAGACAGCCCCACCCCCACCACCCUCCAGAGGGUGGCCACGCCCCCCAGGCAGAAGAGGAAGAGGAAGAAGGAAGAGCAGGAAGGGGAGGAGUCUAACAGAGACACUCCGAGGAAGAACCUCCACACACAGCGCGUCACCGCAGUCUCCACGCAGCGUCCCUUCUCCUGUGAGUCUGCGGGCCCUGCUGACAUGGUGCUGCUGGUGGACGGCUCCUGGAGCAUCGGUCGCUCCAACUUCCGCCGCGUCAGAGACUUCCUGGAAGGCCUGGUCACGCCCUUCCACAUCGGCCCUGACAGGGUGCAGAUAGCCCUGACCCAGUACAGUGGGGACCCUCGUACCGAGUGGCAGCUCAACAAUUUCACCACCAAGGACCAGCUGCUGGAUGCUGUCAGGAGCUUCAGAUAUAAAGGAGGCAACACCUUCACAGGUCAGGCCCUGCUGCACGUUCUAGAGGAGAACCUGAAGGUGGAGUCGGGCGCUCGGCAGAACGCGCCUCACUUCCUGGUCCUGCUGACGGACGAGUCUCAGGAUGACGCCAUCGCCGCCGGCAACCACCUGAAGAAGACCGGCGUGGAGAUCAUCGCUGUAGGUGUGAAGAACGCGGACGAGGCUGAGCUGAGGCAGGUGGCGUCGGAGCCGCUGGAUGUGAACGUUUACAACGUGAACGACUUCCCCCUGUUGAGCCGGCUGGUGGCACGCCUCGCUCACACCCUCUGCAGCAAGAUGGAGGAGCGCAGUCUGGCCAAGAGGAUGCAGCCCCCCACCCAGGACCCGUCUGUGUCCUACCCCAGCCCCUCACAGCUGGUCUUCUCAGAGCUGGGCCCCAGGGAGGUUCUCCUGGGCUGGGCCCCCCCUGGCCCCCCGGCCCCGCCAGUCCUCCAGUACCGGCUUGUCUACCACACCGCCGAGGGACAGAGCCCGCAGGAGGUGGUGGUUAACAGCAGUGUGUCCAGUGUGCAGCUGUCAGGCCUGUCGUCACAGACCCAGUACCAUGUGUCCAUCUUCCCUGUGUACCAGGACCGGGCCGGCCCCCCGCUCAGAGGAACCCUCACCACACCCCCCCUGGCCCCCCCUGAGGUGCAGGUGGCCCCCGCCUCCCCAGACAGCCUGAGGGUGUCCUGGGCCCCCACCCCUGGAGCCACACACUACAUGCUGCUAUACUCUGCCCUCAGCAACGGGGAACCUGACGACGCCAAGGAGGUCAGGUUCGGGGCGGAGCAGAGGGAGGUGCAGCUGGAAGGGCUGCAGCCGUCCACAGAUUACUCUGUCACCUUGUACGCCCUGUAUGACGAGGACCCUAGUGACCCUGUCACUGCCAUCGCCACCACCUCUCCCUGCCCCCCCCCCCCGGCCAGUGUCCAGGUCACCAUGGUGGGUCACAGCAUGGUGCGGGUCAGCUGGGCCCCUGGGGCAGUGGAGGUUCCUGGGCACAUCACCUGCAGCACCAACCAUGGCAGCGACGUCAAACAGGUGGAGGUGACGGGGGUGAACUCUGUGGUCCUGCAGAAUCUGUCCUCUCUGUCUCGGUACCUGGUGUCAGUCCAGUCCCACUACCCUAGGGGCCUGUCCUCACCCGUCACUGCCAACGUCACCACCAUGAGGGUCCCUGCACCCUCUGACCUCAGAGUCACCAACUAUACAGGAAGUGACAUCACGGUGCGCUGGGAGUCUGCGGCAGACGAUGUUGUGUCCUACCUGAUCAAGUGGAUCUCCCUGAGCGGAGGAGACCUCAGACAGCUCAGGGUGGCUGGGGACAGCGAGGGGGUUGUCCUGGAGGGGGUGGACGAGGACAAGGAGUACCAGAUCUCCCUGUCCGCUCUCUUCUCUGACGGAGCUCAGAGUGAAGCUGUGGCCACACGCUACAGCACCUUGUCUGGCGGGGGCCCGUCCAGUGUGAGUGUGUCUGAGGAGACGGCGGUCAGUCUGCUGGUCAGCUGGACUCCUCCCAACGCCCACGUCCAGCAGUACAGGGUCUCCUACUCCCCCCUGCAGGGGGCCGAGGCCACGGUGCUGGUUCCAGGCAGUGCCAGGCGUGUGCUGCUGCAGUCUCUGCUCCCAGACACUCGCUACAGCAUCCUGGUGUCAGCAGAGUACCGCAACCGAGAGGGGGGCAGCGCCUCGGUACAGGGCAAGACUGCCAGUCUGCGUGUGAGCAGUGUGAGUGUGUUGAGGUCAGACCACUCCAGCAUGUGUGUGUCCUGGAGGCCUGUGUCAGCAGCCACCGGAUACCGCAUCACCCUCCAGUCUAUCAGAGACAAGCAGACUCAGGAGCAGCUGGUGGAUGAGAGCAGCAGCAGUCAGUGUUUCUCUGAUCUGCAGCCUGAGACCGUGUACCGGGUCAGCGUGCUGUCCCGCCUGGGGCCAGCAGAGGGCGCCGCCGUGUCCAUCCUGCACCCCACAGCCUCGGCUCCUGCCAGGAUACCAGUCCAGCCCAGGAUACACCCCGCCCACAGCCAAGUGUGUCCUGAGAUCACCAUCCGAAACAGCAUCGUCAAAGGCUUCGACAUGAUGGAGGCGUUUGGUCUGACCCCUGGAGCUCACUCCUCAGUGGAGGGCGUGUCAGCCGACCCCUUCGUCUUCACCACCCUGCCCGCCUACACUCUCUACAGAGACACACAGCUCACCCAGAGAACCAGCCUGAUCCACCCAGCCGGCCUGGCUCAAGACCACACCCUCAGCAUGGCCUUCCGCCUGCUGCAGGACACCCCCCAGGAACCCUUCACCCUCUGGCAGCUCACAGACAACGACUUCCAGCCCCAGAUGGGCGUGGUCCUGGACCCUGUGAAUAAGCAGCUGCUGUACUUCAGUCUGGACUACCGAGGAGAGGUGCAGGAGCUGCUCUUCGCCCAGCCGCAGGUCCACCCCCUGUUCUACGGAAGCUUCCACAAGGUGCACCUGUCCGUCAGCCAGGUGAGCGUGUCCCUGUCUGUGGACUGCCAGCGGGUGGGGGAGAGGCCGGCCCGCCCCCUUGGGGCUCUGCCCACAGACGGCUUCCAGAUGCUGGGCAAGCUGGUGAACACACGGGGGCCUCGCAGUGGAUCAGUACCGCUGCAGCUGCAGUCGUUUGAGAUUGUGUGCAACAACACCUGGCCUUCUGAAGACACCUGCUGUGACCUGCCCGCUCUGAGGGAUGAGGAGAGCUGCCCCCCUCCUGCUUCCUCCUGCUCCUGCACCUCCAACGUACCUGGUCCCCCCGGAUCCACUGGGCCCCCCGGCAGACCAGGUCCUCGUGGAGAGAAGGGUGACAGAGGGGAACAAGGUCAAAAGGGGGAGGUGGGGCCUCCAGGGAAGGUGGGGCCAGAGGGAGGACUGGGGCCGCUUGGGAACCACGGCCCUCGAGGGAUAUCAGUCCAGGGUAGAGUGGGCCCCCCAGGGGAGAGGGGAGAGAAGGGAGAUCCUGGUAAACCAGGUGGUCAGGGUCUCCCUGGUCCCCCAGGUCCUAAAGGAAGCGAAGGGAAACCUGGUUCCCAGGGUGUCCGAGGUGUUGAAGGAAACAUGGGUUCUCCAGGGACCACAGGGCCCAGGGGGUUCCAGGGCCUGCCUGGCCACCCGGGGCCCAGUGGAGAGAGGGGCUCCCUGGGGCCAGUGGGUCCUACGGGUCUGUCUGGGAGCAAGGGGGAGAGAGGAGAGAAGGGGGAGCCUCAGUCCAUGGCUGUCAUCUACCAGCUCGUCACACAGGCCUGUGAACCACUGGUACACAACCAGGUUCUGAAGCUGGACUCCUUCCUGAACGAGAUGAGCCGUAAGCCGGUGCCCAUCGAGGAGCCGGUGGGCCCCCCCGGAGAACCAGGAAUUCCAGGGGGCAAGGGCCCCCCAGGCACCCGGGGGGACCAGGGCCGGGUGGGCAACCGGGGUCCCACAGGGAGGUCUGGGUACCCGGGAGAGCAAGGUCGGCAGGGCAUACAUGGGGAGAAGGGAGCCCCGGGCCAGAACGUCCAGGGGCCGCAGGGAAUCAAAGGGUUUGCAGGUCCUUCAGGGGAGGCCCGGCUGGGGGUGGCGGGCCCACGGGGGGAGGAUGGAGAGGCUGGUGCCCCCGGGCUGUCGGGGGGCCCUGGGCAGCCAGGGGAGGUUGGGCCCCCGGGGGUGUGUGACAGCAGUGGGGGCUGCCAGCAGGGGCGCACCCCAGCAGAAGAUCCGUAUUUCGCCUACCAGCCAUGAGCCAGUCCGGAGCCACGAGGUCCAAUUCCUCUAGGUUCUCCUCUUCCUAGCGGGUUCCCUCCUGGAGCCCGGUUCCUCUGGUUCUGGAGGUUCCACCUGGGAAGUGGAUCCCGACAGAACCUUCCACAGACCCCCACAGGAGAACCUGGCGGUUCUGGCGAGAGAGCAGGAACCAGACUCUCCUCACCAGCACCAACGGACAGAGGGAUACACACUGCUGACAUAUUAAGGACUGGAUCAGAG